AUGACUUCAAAUACUGAAGAGAUGCGCGGUUCCCGCCAGGAGAUACAACACUUCCUGGCGGGGAACCGCGCAGAUAUGGAAUCUAUCAUCGUUGAAAGCACCGAUCGAAUAAGUGCACGCACGGCCCGGCCACAUGAAGGCCGCUACUGGCAAAGAAGAACUAUCUUCCUCCAAGAAGAGUUCAUGGGACUCUUGGAACGAUACCUCGAAGCAGGAGGUAUAGUGCUCGCCGCGCCAAUUUUAUAUGGCGAUCUGUCCCUCGGGAUACCAGCGGUUCGCCCAUCAAGAGUUCACCUCCUCUCGAGGUUCAACCAGAGAUUCGAAGCCGGAGACCAACUACCUGCAUAUCUGCAGUAUCUUACCCAGAGACCUGGCCAGGGAGCAAAUUUCAAUGUAUGGGCCGUUGAGAACCAGUGGGGGGAUAGAAAUGAAUUAAAACGACUAAUCCCCGGAUCAAUCGACGAGGGAAGAGAGGACUCCGCGAUCUGGAAAUGGUUAUUCUGUGAUCUGAGCGAGGGGGAAGACGUCAACAUGGUAAUCACGGAUAGAAAUCGGUGGGGAUGGGGUGGAAAAUUUACAUGGGGUAUUCCUUUGGAGGCCGGAGAGCAAUGGGGAGAAGGCCAGCUGGUACUGGAUGGCGAAGAACAGUCUAUCUUGUUGCUGUAG